AUGGGCCUCAGCGCGCAGUCUGUUCAGACAUCGGACUUUUUCAUCGACCCGGCGUCGAUCAUUCAUGCAUCUUCACCAACAACUUCCUUUCUCUCUUCAUACGAUACAAUGGUUCAACUGCGUAUUCUGGCUGCAUUCUCCGCGUACGCCAUCUUGCUGGCGUCCCAGGUCACCAUAGCGGCUCCUGCUCGCCGCCAGCUCGGUGACCUGCAGUGCAACAUCGACCGCGCCGAGAUCAUCUUCAACGUCGGGCAGCUCGCCGGGACCGUCGCGAACCUCGGGAAUGCCACCGGCCUCGUUUCCGCAAACUCGACGGCCGACGCGGACGUCACCGCUCUGCAGACAGGCGUGCAGGGCGUGGGCGGCGCAGUCAAGCAGAUCCUCACCGCGCUCGUCAGUGGGGAGAACGCCCCGCCGGAGCUGCGUACCCAGCUCGGGGCUAACCUCACCCAAAUUAGGCUCGCCCUCGCGGACCUUUCCUCGAACCAUACGAUGACCGCGGCACUGCUCGAUACGGCCAACACCCAAUUUACCAACGCUAAUUUGGCGGCUACCGGCGUUGUCACCAACUGCAAGUAG